CAAAACGAUAAAAACAAAGACAAAAGCCGGUGUUUCACUACCGUGAAGUUAUUUUGGGGUGUAUUUCGGACGAAGUUCAUACUUCAUAACGGUCGCCAUUUGCGCCACGACCACUCUUGGGUGUUAGUGAAAAGUUAUUAUUUUAGGUUAUUCCUAAGUGUUAUUUAAACUGUUAGAUCGUGCAACGAAACAGCAAUAUUUGGAAAUACGUAAUACAUAAAAGUUAUAAAAUCGUGUGUGAAGUGUGUUUAAUAUAUGCACUGAAAUUUAGAAAUGAAAAACAGAUUACCUCAGAAAAAUAUAUUUGAUAAACUUAUGAGAAGAGUGCCUACAUUUAUUAAUUAUUAAUCUACAUUAAGCAUUGGUUUAUACACAGUACCUGAGUGUUACAAUUAUGAAAAUACCAGAGACUGGAAAUGUUGGAGCAUAUUAUGGCAAUGAAGAACAUGGACAGUGGCAGCCAAAUGGUGUGAUCAUAGAUAACGGAGUGGGUGGUGGGAUUGUUGGUAGUGGAGACGCAGGUGUACUAAGACCACCCGCACCUGUAUACCCUGUGCACAUGCCAAGAGGGGGCCCAAUGAGCGGUGAGUGUAUGAUAGUCCACUGGUGCAUGGGACAGAAUAUGUACUCAAGUGAGUGCGGUUACAUGAUGGGUGGUGGUUACUAUGGUGCAGCUGGUCCAGGGUAUCCACCUGAUGACUUUUCUGACUACAUGUGGAUGGAAAAUGAAGAAGAGUUUGACAAACAGGUGAUGCAACAGCUGGAAGAAGAGGCGCUAAUGGAGCAAUGCAUAGAAGCUAUGUUAGAAGACGAACAGCGAGAAAGACGUGCCGCAAGGGACAAUGGACACGGCUCAACCACAAGCAACAGUUCAACUCCUGUGUCCCUUCAAGAAGCCAUCUCAAAGUCUACCCUUAAUCCCUUAGCUGCUGAGUUUGUGCCAGGAAGAGCUCGUCCACCACCAGAAGAGAGAUCAGAUCCACCAGAAUCAAAGGAGCUACCCAAGGAAGAUACACAGACCACUGAACCAGAAAGUACAGAUGCACAGAUUACAGAUGAAAAAGAAUCAACACCACAAACAGAACCUCCAGAAGUGAGUGCAGCAGAUGUUCAACCAAUCGAAGACGACAAGAAGUCAAAAGAAAAACCCAAAUCAAAGUCUGACAAGAAGAAGCCAGAAGUUAAACCGAAAGCAAAAGUUGACAAUAAAGUAAAAAAAGACCCCAAACUUAAAACUGUACAAAGUGAUGUGAAAGCCGCCCCAAGUGAAAGUGUUAAGAAUGAAAUUAAAAGUGUUCAAAGCGAGAAAUGUGUCAAAAGUGAAGUGCAAAGUGAAGAUAACCAGAGCAUAGAGGUUGUUAAGCAAUCAUCCCAACCACCAUCCGACGAGCCUUCAUCUGGAUUCAAACCCGUAAACUACGCAGCAGCUGCUAAGGCCAACAAACCCAAGAAAGCCACUACGCCUCCUGCCUCACUCCCCGAGAAGACCAUACCACCCAAAACUGAGAAACCAAAAGAUAAAAACCCACCGAAAACCACAGCCCCAAAAGUAAAAACCGACAAACCGGCUGUCAAAGUUGACAAACCGAUCCAAAGGAAGAAUUCAACUAAAUAAAAAAAUACAAAUUAUCUUUGGGUUAAAAUUUAAAUGUACAAAAAUAUGUAAGUGAUUAAAAUUAUGUGGGUUUGCAGUUUUGACAUAUUAACAUAUAAAUUAUCAAACAAACCGUUUCAAACCCGCUUAGUUUUAUAUCUUUCGGUAAUAUUUCGGUAAUAUUUUGGUAAUAUUUAGGUAACUGCUUGGUUGAGUAAGUGUCAAAAAAUGUAGAUGAAAUAUGCUUUAAAAGGCGCAAAAUGAACUGUCAAAUUUGUAGAUAUUGACAUUUGACACGCUCCAUAGACAAGAUCAGCCAAGUGAAAUUCAAAUUUCGCACGUUUUAUGUAUUUUAAUGUAUAUCUGGGGUGUAUUCCUUUUUAGUGUAUGAAUAACUAAUGUAAAAUUAUUAUGUGAUAUUAUCCAAGUUGCAUUUUUCCCUACGAAAAAUUUUAUAAUUGACAAAAAAAAAUUUAAAAAGCAUGUAAAAAUAUAUGGUAUUGUUAUAUAAGUUUAUUAUAAAUUUAAAAAUAUUAGAGUUGUUAGUAAUUGGAUGAUGUGACUUUUUUCAAUAAUUUAACAAAAAUCGAAAAUGUCGUUGGAUGUUUCUGUAAAAAUACUGAAGAUUUAUACAAACUUUAAAAUUUCUUUAUAUUUUUGUUUUACAUGCAGGUAUUAUAAAAAGUCACACCAACCAUGAUUAAUUUUAAUGAAGUCCAAUAUAAUUAGAUAUUGAAUAUUGAAAAAAAAAAUGUACAUUUACUAUAUUAAAAAUGUAUAUUGCACGUUUCGCGUGAAGUUAAUAUAGCUAGCACUAAGGAAAGUAGGAUUGCAUAGUUAUUUGAAAUCUUUUUUGAAUUAUGUUUACUCACUAACAAUUUCGUUUAAAAUUCAAUUGAAGUGUUGCAUGCUGUUAUAUAAUUAAAUCCAGAAUUUACAGAAGUAAAGCUACAAGAACAGAAUAUCCGUUUCAAGCAAAAAUAUAAAGAUAUCUCGGCUGACUGGAGAGCUCAAUUCUUUUGUACGCGCGACAAAAAAUUUUUUAGAAAUUUUUAUAGUAACUAAUAAAUAAGGCCUUAAUCCAGAAAUUAUUAGAGAAUAUAAUACAAAAGGAAUGAUGUAAGUUAAAGUUUAACUGUAUUGAUCGGCAAAAUCUAUAAUUUUUU